AUGUCCAUAGAAGGACGACUGAAUUCCAUGCAUCAACGACGCAGCUCGGCGAUGUCCACGUACCCGGCGCUGCUAGAACCCGUAUGUCGACGGCGUCAACUGCCUCCUACACCUGUUUCCCCAUUAAGGAGGUCCAGUAGCCCACGAAUUUUACCCACUCCCCCGCCUAUAUCACCAAUGCCUUUGUCUCCAGUUCCCGCCGAAUUCAGGUGUCCAUCUGCGGUAAACUUGGAGCGGAGAUCAUCGGGUCGGAUAUUACCUCGACCGCCAACAGGAGAUUCAUCAUUUCCAAACUCUAAUCACACUUCUCCAUCCCCAAUUCUUACUCCAGAACCCAUUCCCGAACUUCCCGUUGAGGUUGACGCUGAAGCGCCCGAAUCACCGGUAAUUCAGCGAUUUGGCGACUUCACAUCGCUUGAUCACGACACCCCCGAUGGGACUCGAUCGCAAUCCUCAUCAUUAUCACCAUCCAUGGAACAGGUAGGUAAAUCCCCUGCUGCUACUGCUCUAUGGAACAGAAUGCAGCAUGAGUAA